AAAGAAUAGAAAAGGAAAUUAUAUUACGUCGAGAACAGCUGCACCACUCAGAUCAGCCACAAGGUCUGUACAACUUGGUACAAAAAAAGCAGGAUGUCGAUGUUAUCGAUCUCGCAUGUACGUCUGCCCGACAUACCAGAAGAGGGCCUCGAAGACCCUACUCCAGCAGCUAAUGCCAUGAUUUUGCCACUGCAAAUGCAGUCGACAACAGCGAUCGAUAUCACUCCUAAAAAUUCGAAUUCCUUGGAGGACACGCUAGAGAUGCUGGCGGCGCGAUCGAAGUCAGGAGGUAGUGGGAAUGCAGGUGCGGCCUCUAGUAGCACUUCGACUCGGAGCAUUCGAGCGACAGAUUCCGAGAAUGCGAACUCAACAGCGGGAGCGGAAAACAGUGUCAUGGCUCCUCUCGUUCGUGAGAAAACACAGACCGCUACUAGUAGCUCCGUUCCUGCACAGGCUCCACAACAUGGGAUUGGGAACGACCAGAGUGGUCAGCAUCAUGAUACGGAUAGUACUUCUUCUGGUGGAGCAACCACAGCAGCUCCACUUCCCAGAAAGUCGAUAACUGAAGUCUCGACUGAGUGUCCUGAGAAUUACAUCUCAGACGUGAGCAAGCUUCGCGAGAUGAUUCGGCGAAAGGCCAAAGCUUUGGAUAGUUCGGACCAAGCCAGGGCCAAGUUGGAGUCCACAGUAUCGGAAUACGUGGAGUUAGUCACUUCGCUGCAGAAAGAAAUCGGUGCGAUGCAGAUGCAGAAUUUGGACGACUCGCUCGAAUCAAGUCGACGCAGCAUGGCUGAGCUGGUACGGGCACGGACGCAUAAUCUAAGCAGCAGCACGUCGGACUAUAUCAGUCACGUUCAGCUUGCUGGGGGAUCGAGCCCGUCGUCAGGAACAGGAAUUUCGACAGGAUUUCCAGCUGCAUCGAUUCCACCAACGUCUGGUGCUGGAGUUACGCGAACGUCCGUUCUCUCCACAGGCGGAGCACGGGAAGAGGAUCCUUGCCACGGCGGUACUAGUUCAUCAUCAAGUGCUCCCGACAUGAGGGAAUUGCAGAGAGUCAUCGCAGAAAAAACAGCCGAUAUUUCAACGCUACGACAACAGCUAGCCAACGCUGAUGCAAAGGUGCAACUAUCAACCAUCAAUGGAUAGACUUUUUCGUUUCUCUGAUUUUUCAGUUACUAGUGAUCUUCAUGGUGAUCUACCGCUUAUCAUGAUCUUCUUCAACUUAUCAUGAAGAUCUCGUUCAACUUAUCAUGAUCUUCCUGCUAUUCGAUGCUUGCACUAGAGGUAGCAGUACUAACACGGAUAAGAUCAAGACUUGUUGAGUAGCUCUACUUAUUUUCACUUUUGUUCAACACAAAUCCACCUGGCAGUCCCGCGCAGCGCAACUCCAGUUGGAGUCCGAUUUCAUGCUGAUAUUGCGCGAGCAGCAGCAGCGCGUCUGGCGCGAUCUCGAGGCCCAGAUGCAUGGGCAGUACCGUGUCAUGUUUGCCGAAUACAAGGCGCGAAAGCAGAGUGAGGCGCAGAGGGUCUGUGACGACGCAAAGGAGGCUCUCCAACGAGAGGCUGCGGAUUUGCGCACUCGAGUGGAGAAAGAGUGGAGCGGCAGAGAGGCAGCUCUGCGAGACGAAGAGGCGGCGCGCUUCGCUAUCGUGGAAGAACAGCGCAGUGCCGAACGUGGGAAACUAGAAACGCAGGUAAAGGCCGCAGAGAAGCGGGCUCAGGCUGCCUCUAGCGAGAGAGACGCGUUGUUGGAAAAGCAGAGUGCCUUGGAGGACGAUUACACGCAGAAACUUGUUGAUUUGGAGAAGAAGCUCGAAGACGCGAUGGAGAUGAAGCGGUCGUUGGAAAAUGCGGCUGCGGCAGACCGAGAAAGGCUUUCUCUUGCAGAGGAUGAAGCUAGUGGUCUUGCGGCAACUCACGAAGCGAAGCUCCGAGACGCGAUAAGCGCAGCCGAAGAGAAGGCAAAACGGGCUGCCGAAGCAGAAAUCGGGUCCGCGAGAGCAGCACUAGAGCAGAAGUUCGAGAAGGAAGCCGAUCGCUGGAAAGCUGAUUUUGUCAAGGCGAAGGAGACAGAGUUGCGUGAAAUAAGGGAAAAAGUUGAACAGCACAUUGGGGAUUACACUUCCGAACUGUCUCGGAAAAUCGCUGCUGUCGAGAACAAAGAGAAAGAAGUCGCGGAAAAGAAGACGGCGUUGACACAAGAACAAGCAGAACUUGAAGAGAAAAGGCUAGCCUUGGAGAACGAGCAGGCGAGUUUCAGGGACGAACUGCAGGCGGAGUUGACGAAGCAAACGGAGGAAUUGAUAGCAUCUGAGAGGGCUCGGCUGGCUCGACUGGCGUCGGACACAGCGAGCGCGUUGGACGACAGAGAGGCAUCGAUGAAAACGGCGUUGGAGGACAGAGAGGCAUCGAUGAAAACGGCGUUAGAGGACAGAGAGGCAUCGAUGCAAACGGCGUUGGAGGACAGCAAGGCUUCCAUGAAGACUGCGUUGGAGGAAAAGGAGGCUGCCAUGAAAGCCGCGUUGGAGGACAAGGAGGCUAGCAUGAAAGCCGCAUUCGCAGAGGCGCUUGAGGCUGAGCGGGCUAAGUUACGCGCAGAAGCUGCAGAGGCCAUCGAGGCUGAAGAGGCUAGUUUGAAGGCAGAGGCUGACGCUUUGCUUGCGAAGGAGCGGGAACAAGCCGCUGCAGCGUUAGAGCGCGAGCGGGAAGAGCUGCGGGCGACAUCGCAGUUGCAGUUGCAGGAGUUGGCUCUGCAGAUGGAGGACCAAGCGGCAAAUGUAAAGCUGAAAGAGCUCGAGGGACGUGAACAACUGCUCGCCGAACAGGCAGAAGAGAAGCGACGCUGCGUGCUGGAGACGAAGCGUCAGGCUCUGGUCGACGCCACGCGGGAGAAAAAGGAGCUGCAACAACAGCAGGAGGAAGCCGCGAAAUCGCGAGAAAAUUAAGACUUCCGGAAAUCCAUUUUUGUUCAGAAGCAUCUUGGACUUCCGUGUAGUAAGGGGGAAACGGGUCCCAGAUGACUUUCAGGAUGGAUCCCCAAAAAGUCUAAGAGAAGAUGUUGCGUGAAGGCUUCGAGCGAGACCUGCAGCAAGAACGCGAGCGAGGAGAGGCAGAAGCCCGCAGGCUUCUUGCGGCCGAGGUAGAGCCUUUGACCGCACAGUGCAACGCAAUGCAGGAGGAGUGCGCGAGCCUGCGACAGCAAAUCGAGGAGGCCCAGAAAGUUUCGGAGCAGGAGAGACAUGCGGCGCUUGCGGAAGCCAAAGAGCUGUGGGACUCGCACCACAGCGCGGAUCUGCAGCUGCAGGAGGAGGCGCACGAACGAAAACUGCAGGAUGCGAUCGAAAAAGCGAUUGAAGAGACGAGAACCACUUGCGAACAAGAGCGAGAUAAGUACCUUGCAGACGCAGGUCAGGCAUGGGAGAAGUCUUUGGCAGACGAACGCGAGCUGCAGCUGUCACAGGACAAACAAAAAGCAGAAGCUGAAAAAAUUGCGGCAGUGGAGACUCUGAAUGCGGAACGUGAAGUUUUCUUGGCGAAAUCUGAGAUAGUGCAGCGAGAACGAGCAGAUCUCGAGACGCGCAUGGCGGAAGUGGAGACUGCAGCGACUGCUCUGGUAUCUAUGAUGAUAAUAGACUCAAAGUUGAACAAGGAAUUAUAGUACCUAGUUAAAGUAGGAGGAGUACAUCUAGUACAUGUACAACUUCUUGAACGUUGAAGAAGAGCAAAAAAAUUGCUCUCAACACAGUUCUACUUGAAGAUUUUAUACGUAUAAACUCACAAGUACGUAGUAUUAGAAGUCUUGAUUCAACUUCAAAGUCGAAAUCAUUCUCCACUUCCAUUAACAGCUACCUUAUUAUAUCUACUCCUCAUGUCCAUUUCCUGCAGGAGGACACACGUCGCGCAACGGACGAAGAACAUGAACUGAGGUUGAAAGAACUGCACCGCCGCGAAGAAGCUCUCAAAGUUCGAGAGCGCGAUGUACUCGAGAAGGAUCGGGAAUUGAGUCAGCGUGCUGGAGAGCUGUGCCUGAAGGGAUCCGAGCUGCUGCUGAGGUCAGAAGAGCUCUUUGCGAAGGAACGCGUACUGGAAAAGGAAAUGCUAGGUCUGAAGAAAAUGAACGAGCAGCUUCAAGAUGACGUCGUGCUGUCCUCUGGCGACAAGAAAGUGGUGGAUAGAAAUUGGGGAGGUGGAAAUAUUUUUAGCAAAAAUGUGGCAUCCGCAUCAGCUGUCGACGUUUCCUCGACAACGAAGAGUGCGUCUUCAUCAAAAUUGACUGCGAUUUCCUCUGCCAGUUCGAAAUUCACAGCCACGACUCACGCUGAUGAGGGACCACAUGGGAGUGGUAGCGGUUCAUCUGGCAGUAGUUCCUCGUCCUCACCCUCUUGGGACGAGAUCACGCCAGUGGAACACGAGCAGCUUUUGGCCCGUGAGCACAACCAGCUUGCGCGGAAGUAUCAGGAAGUAGUCACUGCAAAAGCGACACUAGAGGUGGAGUGUGCAAAGUUUCGGCGUGACCUGGAGAAGCGAGACGAGGCGAUAGAUCAUUUGAAAAGGAAACACAAGCUGGAGCUGAACAUUGCAGUUCAACAUACACGCGCCAAAGAGCGAAAGCGACACAGUCAAACACGCGCGAUAGGAGGUAGUAGUGGUACCACAAUAGGAGGAGGUGGAGCAGGAGAAGGACAGCACAGACACCUUGAUCAUCAAGAGCACCAGACCGCUGGCGCACUUCCCUCUUCGCAGCGGCAUUCAACAGCAUCUUCCGGGAGCGUUUCCUCUAACAGUGUGCCUCCUACUUCGUCCAGAGCUGUCACCGCAUCAUCCGUGGAGCAGGAAGCUGACUGGGUGCGACAUCGAAUGCCAGAAAACAAUAACGUUGUCACUUCUCACGGCUACGGCGCUCCUUCAACAAUGUCUACUUCAAGAACGUGUCCUCAUCAACUCCAACCACAUACAUCAGCAUCACAACAGCGGCCGCUACAACGCAACAACUUUUCGACGCGCAGUAGUCCACAAAAGCAGCAUGCAGUACUGAUGUUACCGGCGUCGAGGAAUACGUUCUCACGCGCAGCAGACGUCUCGAUUGACGAUGACAGUGGAACGGUAGAUGAACAUGAAGCAGAUGAGGACCACGAUUGCAGCGCCAGAACAAGUGGUAGUUGUGGUACUAGUAGUAGAGUUGUUUCGGUUUCGCCCAACAAGAAGCCCUUUGGUGGCGCUCCAAAACCGCUUUGGCGAUCCGGUGCGAUAGCACCGAAAAUAGGACAGAAUCUUGCGCGGUCUGCAAAUAGAUUGAAUAACUUCAAGUGAGGGGAGUUGUACUUCACUGUAGUACUGUCAAUAGAGUCUACCAGCACCUCCACAUGAUUUAGAAUGACAAUGCACGACUCAACAUUAUCAAUCUUCAUGUAGCUACGACACACUGCCGAAUGAAGUCAUGAAUGUACGACGGCUUCAAGGACAAUUACUGUCUAAUUGAAUUACAUAGUUAGACUUGCUUGGCCCUAAGAACAAGAAUUUUUUGGGGGAGUUUUCUUAUAAGUAAGUUUUUACUUUUCAGCAGUCUGUAAGUGUAGGAUUAUGAGUGAGAGCGAUGAACUAAAAGAAUUUUUGCGCGCCAUUGCAAGUAAGUUUCUUCUGUCAAUUUUUCCGCUUGUCUAUUGCCACGUAUUGCAAUGUAUGCGUAUACCUAUCGCAUAAAAUGUCUUGCAUGCUCACUGUGGGAGAUAGCGUGGUCCACUGUCACUGUCUUCAUGAUCAUCGUGUUUCUUUUAUGUUAGUCUCAAAGCUCCAUGAGCGUUUCUGAAUUUCAGGAACAGAAUCGAAUGCCCUACGCGUACGAUGUGCCAGCUGCUAGUAUUUCUAUUGUGCAGCAUGAAGACACGUUACGCUUUCCCGAGGCCAAAUAAGAUGGCUGACAAUCUUCGAACACUAUUGCACCAGAUGUUGUAUAACUGUUGUUGUUUCUCUAUACAUCCA